AUGAAUAUCUUCCAUUUAUUCUCCAUCAUUGUAAUCGUUUGUUUUCAGCCAAUAUCGUCGGUAUUGGCAACUAAAUUGAACGCUAAAACUUACAAGCCAUGCGCUGUUCCAGCAGUAUUCACUGAACAAUUUACGAAAGAAGACUUGGAAAGCUGGAAAUAUCGAUGGUUUUCACCUUCAGACCAUGGAGUAGGAUCCUUCAGUCUCGUGGAAGCACCAAACAAACAGUUAGCAAAUGAGUAUGGACUUAUAACAACAGUUCCAAGGAAGCAACACGUUGUCUCCAGUAAUUUCGACGUACCGAUUACAAGGGAAAGUCCUUCUAUACCCAUUGUUCUGUCUUUUCAAGUGAAGCCUACUGUUCGUUGGGACUGUGGACAUGUUAAUCUUAAGCUUGUCAGUCAGAAGUGUUCUCAUAAUGAAGAUAGUAAAGCUACUCUUCCCCUUAUAGAAUUUGGUGUGAAAAAAUGUGGGUUGUACGACUAUGCAUAUUUUUCUUUUGGCAGCUAUGAAAAUCAAAUUGUCUAUCAUUUGAAAAAUCCUCCUCAAAGCGGAUUGACAGAGUACAUGUCAAAUAUGUACACGCUGUUUUUACGAAAUCACACAUUUACAAUUCGAAGGAAUAAACAAGUUAUUGCCCACGGGGAUGUGGAAGCGGCGUUUUCAGAAUCACCUAUUAAGCAUUCAUCGAUCCAGCACCGAGCCAGUCAUGCAGAAGAAGCUACUGUGGUAACUCCCUAUUACAGUCCAAGCGAUGUAUUUCUUCUUCUUUUAUCGCGAGAUUAUUCAUAUCCGCUUAGUGCAACGGGAAUCGAGCUAGAUGUUUGGAGUGAAGCUCCUGGUGUCUUCGUGAAUAACAUAUAUUUUGGAUUCUCUGAAAAUGAUGCUAUGCUUUUUGAAAAUGAGACGUUUGAUAUAAAAAACUUAUUAGAAUCUAAUCAAAGUGUAAAUAGCUUUGGUUCUGGUGGAAUGGUAAAGGCCUUGCUAAAACUAAUGAUAAUGAACCUGAAGAAUUCGUGGUCGAACAUAUAUGAUGCCACUUAUGGUAACGUUUAUAAUUAUUUUUACGAUAUUUGGAUUACAGAAGGUACGAUUUUACCAAAAGAAGCAUGGCAAUAUCUUUACCAUGCUAUAUUGGUGAUUUUUGUAGCAGUUUCUCCAGUUCUUUACUGGAUGCUCCAAUCAUAA